AUGAAUUAUAUUUUGUCGCUCAAGGAAGUCUUUGGAAACGGAGAGGAAGAGACUGCUCACAUCGACGCUGGUCGAAUGGGAAACGCAGCUCGUUUCGCCAAUCACUCGUGUUCUCCUAAUGCCAAACUCUACCCCGUUCGCGUUGAAAACGACAUUGCCCGAAUCGCCCUCUUCGCUCUCCGCUUCAUCGAGCCCGGAGAGGAGAUAACCUACGACUACGGAAGUGCAGAAUCGACACUCAGUGAUAGAAAAUGUCACUGUGGCUCCCGUAACUGCAGAUUAUUCAUGCCCUCUGAUGAUUGA